ACAACAGAAGAAGUGAAAUUUGUAGCUUAAUUUUUGUUUUACAUUUUUAGUCAACCCCAAAAUGUUUUCAAAAUUCCAAAAAGCAUCAGAUAAGGAGAGAAUAUUUUUACAAAACAAGACCCUUGUUUUCACAACAUGUUUUCAGAAGCAAAUGCAUAUGGCAAAGAAGACUUCUUCUUCUUCUAAAAUCCAGACCCUGUACGAGCUUUGUAGAAAGACCUUUACGCCUUCAGGGACACAUCCUUCCUCUUCUCAAGCCAUCCACAGUGUCUGCUCUCUUUUGGACACAGUUGGCCCUGCAGAUGUGGGGCUUAAAGAGGAAAGUCAAGAUGAUGAUCGAGGACUUGGAAUAUUUGGACUCACCGGACUGAAUAGGGCAGCUCGAUGGGCUCAACCGCUUACAUAUUUGGAUAUAUAUGAAUGUGAUAGUUUCACGAUGUGCAUUUUCUGCUUUCCUACUUCGUCAGUUAUUCCACUCCAUGACCAUCCUGGUAUGACUGUUUUUAGCAAAGUUCUCUAUGGAUCUAUGCAUGUCAAAGCUUAUGACUGGAUUGAACCUGCUUGUUUCCGAGAAGCCAACAGACCAGGCUCUCGUCCAGUGAGAUUGGCAAAGUUAGCGGUCGAUAAAGUUUUAACACGAGAAUGUGGGACAUCAAUUUUAUAUCCAAAGAGUGGGGGUAAUUUGCAUUGUUUCACUGCCAUCACACCGUGUGCUGUCCUUGACAUUCUCACACCUCCUUACAGAGAAGGUGCUGGCAGAAAGUGUACUUACUAUGUUGACUACCCUUAUUCAACCUUCGAAAAUGGAGCUGAAAUAAUUGAUGGAAAGGAAGACAAUGCAUGGCUUGCUGAGAUAGACACACCAGAUGAUCUUUACAUGCGCCCUGGAGUAUAUGCUGGCCCAAGUAUUCAGGUUUAGCUUGUAUUGCAAAGAUCAAUGCUCAAGCCGCCCAUGCUUCUCAUGGCCUUAAUAUGAGCUGUUGAUUCUGGAGAAAAUCUGUCAUUUUUAGCCGCAAUGAUCACAUGGUAAAUACCUGAAAUGCUGAUGCAAUAAGCUUUAUGGAUAAUUCUCCUGCUUUCACUAACAAAUAUGCGAAGGAAAAAAAAAAUAUAUUAUUUUGGAGUUCUCUCUAGUUUGUAUCAGCAUUUAUUUCUGCACUCAGUAUUUUCUACAGCCAUCCUGUGUAAAUUAAUCGGCUGUGCUUACUGAGAAUGUGCCCAUGCUUUUGGUUGCAGCUAUCCUGAGUUAUAUUAUCUGCCUUUGUUCUGUGUUUCUUA